AUGCUUCUUAUUGAAUUUUUAAAUCUAGUAAAAGUAAAUACAAAUGUUAAUGGAUAUGAACUUAAUUUUUUAAUGAAACAUAUUACAUUAAUUAAUAGUUUUCUUAUUGAACGAGAGAUACAUUUUUUUAGUAAUUUACCUGAAAAUGAAAAAAAAAUUUUAAAUGAUGCUACUUCUGAGCAAAUUUAUCCAUCAACUGAUAUUGAAAUAUUGAAAUUUAUAAAAUCAAAAUCAUACUCAUUUGGAGAACAUGUAGAAUGCAUUUUUAUGAAAUUUAUAGAAAAACAAGUUUCAUUAUUACCAGAAAAUAAAGAUCUGUUUGAUUUUUUAUUAAAAACAUCAUCAAAUUUGUUAAUUUCUGUUCCUGCUAACCCAAACUUUGAUGAUGUAAAAAAUUUUUUACUAAAAUUUUAUUUAAAAUAUAAUGAUCUCAAUAGGGAAGCAAAAAGACAACUUUAUUUACUUUACCCUAAUAUUGAUAAAUUGAUAAAUAAUUUAAAGUUUAAAAAUUUAAUUAUUAAGUUUAUACAAUUGUCUGAUUAA